CUAUCUCACAAUCUCUUCUCUGGAUCAUAUAUUUCAUUCAAGUUUGUGUCCAAUAUGAUCACGGUAGCUGUUGCAGGCGGGACUUCACCAGCAGUUGGCCGCGCAAUCCUCGUUGGCUUAAAGCAAUAUCCAGAGCAGCUCAAACCGGUUGUUCUAGGAAGAGUUACUUCCGAAACUCCAAAAUGGUUGCUAGAUAUGGGAAUCGAAGUGCGCAAGGUGGAUUAUUCUUCAGAGGACUCGCUAAUUUCUGCAUUGCGGGACGUUCAUACAGUAAUCUGCACACUCCUCGCAAAGGAUGGGACAUGGGCCAGCACCCAGAUCAAUCUCUUAAAUGCUAGUCUAAAGGCUGGCGUAUCCCGAUUCGCACCGGCAGAGUUCGGGUGCGGCGCACUUGCCGCCCCAAAAGUGGCCUUGCUGAGCCCCCAAAUCGCCGUUAUAGACGCUUGUCGUGAGGCAAAACGUCUGCAUCCGGAAUUCGAGUACGCAGGGUUCCAUGUUGGCCUGUUUAUGAAUUACCUUGCGUACGGAGGCCCGAAUGAACUAGAAGCGUUGAAUGGAUUGAAUGAUAGGGUUGAGUUCAUCUGGCAUAUCAAAGACAUGAGGGCGGAGAUUCCUUUGACGAAGGAUGGGGACAUUCCCCGAAUGACGUUUACGGAGAUUGGCGAUGUUGGGCGAAUGACUGCAGCAGCGUGUUUGCUGUCGAAAGGGGAGUGGCAAGAGGAUUUUGGGAUGGAAGGUGAGACUGCUCGAAUGGAUGAAGUUGUGAGAGUUAUCGAAACCGUGAGCGGGGGAAAGAUGACGGUGACCUUUAAGCCAUUCGAACAGGUGGUACGAGAGAAAAAUGAGGAGACGGAUCCGUACAAGAAGUUCUGGAAGGAGCUCGAGAUGAUGUGUGCGAGAGACGUGAUUGGGGAAGGAAUUGUGGCACCAAUAUUAAAUGAGGUUUUAAAGAAAAGUGGCUUGAAUGUGCAGCCACCAAAUAGUAUAAAGGAUUGGUGCAUGAAUAUCUUUAAAAUCUCGGCAGGAGGCUGA